AAUAAGUCACAGCUAUAAUCAAAGUGCGAUUCGUGACCUACUUUAGAAGUCGUGCUUCAGUCUUCGCCCAGGUGCGGCCGUGGUCAGGUGAAGGCGAGAUCUUCAAAUUGUACUCAUCCUUUGACGCCAAAGAACAACGAUGGUGUCCCUUCGCCUGGUUGCGCUCGUGGUGGUGCUGCAGACUGGUUAUAGUAUGGCAACAGUGUUUCCACGUCCAAGGAAAGAAGAAAAUGAUUCUGAAUACUGGCUCAAGUUGGGAAGAGAAGAAAUUGAGGAGGCACUGCUGAGACCUAAGCUUACUAAUGUCGCUAAAAAUGUCAUACUCUUUCUGGGAGAUGGUAUGGGCAUCACGGUUAAUACGGCUGGCCGCAUCUACAAGGGCCAAAAACAAGGGAACUCAGGAGAAGAAGGACACCUUGUCUGGGAGAAGUUCCCCAACCUUGGCCUUAUAAAGACUUACGACUUGGACAAGCAAGUGUCCGACAGCGCAUCCACAGCCACAGCAUUUCUUUGUGGAGUCAAGGCUAACUAUUAUACAGUUGGAGUUAAUGGUCACGUUAAGUUCUGUGACUGUCAGGCGUCUCUCCAAGAAGAAAACAGACUUACCAGCAUUAUACAAUGGGCUCAAGAGGCCAAAAAAGAUACAGGUUUUGUAACAACGACACAAGUCACCCAUGCAACCGUGGCAGGUGCAUAUGCGAAGUCAGCCAGCAGGAAAUGGCAAUGUGACAAAAAGAUGAAGAAAUUUGGCGAGGGUGCUGCUGCGUGCAAGGACAUCGCUCGGCAACUGGUUGAAGAUGUCCCUGGGAAGCACAUCAAGGUCGUGAUGGGAGGAGGACGCCAGGAAAUGGGAGCACCUAAGACAGACAUAACAGAGGAUAGUUGCAAGAGGUCUGACGGCAUGAAUUUAGUCGCAGACUGGAUUAAUCACAAGGAAGAAAAUGACAAGAGCUACGCCUAUGUUACAACUACUCAAGAAUUACAUUCUGUUGACACCAAUAACACUGAAUAUAUCCUAGGCUUGUUCGAUGAAAUUCAUUUGCCAUACGAGACUGACAGAGACACCAGUUUGGAUGGCUGUCCUCACAUCAAAGAAAUGGUUGAGGUUGCUGUUAACACACUCAAAAAGAGUGACAAUGGAUUCUUCCUUUUAGUUGAAGGAGGCAAGAUUGACAAAGGUUUACAUAUCACUUCACCGAAGAGAGCUCUUGAAGAAUUACUUGCAUUUGAGGAAGCGGUGGAACUGGCUCUGACAAUGGUGAACACGGAAGAAACUCUGGUCAUUGUCACGGCAGAUCACUCGCAUGUCAUGACCCUGAAUGGGUACCCAGUGAGGGGAAAUGACAUUCUAGGUGUUGUUACAGAAAGCGAAGAAAUAUCAGACGGUCUGCCAUUCACAACACUGACCUUUGCAAAUGGUCAUGGAUUCAAUUACUCCUUUAAUGGGAAUGAGGUUGUCAGACCAAACCUUACAGGUGUGGACACAACAGAUAAGGACUUCAUUUCCCUGGCUGCCAUGCCGACGUAUUAUGACUCGGAGACGCACGGUGGCGAGGAUGUGGCCGCUUUUGCAGUUGGACCAUGGGCUCACCUCUUCCACCGCGUUCACGAGCAGACCCACGUAGCACAUGUUAUGGCAUACGCCAGCUGCACUGGGCCUUACAAGGACUGCCAUCGUCAAGCAGAAAGGCCCUUCAAUGAAUACAAGAUUCUCGAAGACCGAGUGAAGAAACAUCCAAAAAGGGUUUCUUCUAGCGCUACAGGCCUCUUGAAUGGCAACAUUCUUAUAUUCGUGAUUUUUGUAGAAAUCCUUUUAUUCUGAAAAGUAGCAGGCGUUCACUAAGGGUUCAGAAGUACUGAUGUUGCGUGUCAAUGCUUUGUAUUUACACUAAUUGAGUCAAAGGUCUUCAUUCCAGGUCUAUUCAUAGCCCUCUGUGAUUCCACCCCAAGGGGCGCUAAAGGAUACAAUGUAGGCAGAGCAGGUUAAGGCGCAAGUCACAAUGUGCUCCUAACCAGCUUUAGCUGCAAGUCACAAUCAACAGGUUACAAACAAAAUUUGAUCUUCCUUAUACUGCAAUAGAAGCAUCACAAUAGGGUUGAUCAAAAUACUUCGCUAAGCUAUAAAAGCAAAACUCCACAAAGAAAUUUUAAAACUAUAUUGGGUGUAUGUUCUGAUGGAUGUAACAAGAUUUCAAUCUCACUUUUUCAAAGAGCAACCAAUCUUAAAUGUGGAUACUGCUUUUUACACUAUAUAAAAAGAGACUCAUUUAGUACUUCUGAAUGUUCAUUGUGAUGCAUUUUCAGAUACAAAAAUAUACUCUUCUCUACCUAAAUUACACUACAGGGUCGUGUGUUAUCCUCAAUAGCCAUGUUGUACCUACAAUACUCCUAGAAGUGCAGUCAGGCAACUGUGUCAGUGUUAACAAUGUUUCGCAGAUGGAUUUUAAAGAUGAAAUUAUGUGAGUCUAGGAGUAGGGGAAAGAUUGAUUUUGGUAUCUCACUACACAAUAAAGAACCACAAAACAACAACAGUAUUACAA